AUGCCAGGAGUGAUUGAAGAAUCUCCCUUCAAGACCAUUCAGGUCAAGGAGUUGCACCCAACCUUCGGGGCAGAGGUCAGCGGAGUCAACUUCCAAGAUCUAUCAGAAGACCAAUUCAAUGAGAUCCUCGCGGCCAUGGCCAAGUACGGCUUCUGCGUCUUCCGCAACACGGGCCUAGACGACACCGCACACGUUGAAUUCUCCUCCCGCUUCGGCGAGCUAGACAACAUCCGACGAUACCUAGGCGGAGGCCGUCUACCACGCUACGCCCUCUUCGAGCUCUUCGACGCCGGCAACAUCGACGGAGAAACCGACACGAUCCUCCCACCAGACAGCGCGCGCGCGCACUCGAACCGGGGCAAUGGGUUAUUCCACGCAGACUCGUCGUUCAACCCGCGACGGGCCUCCUUCUCGCUUCUACGCGCGUGCGAGUUGCCUCCGCCUGGCAACGGGGGAAACACGGACUUCGCAGACUCGCGCACGGCGUUCGACGAGCUGCCUUCGGAUCUGAAAGAGGAGCUUCUGGCGAAUGAUUACGUGGGCGCGCACUCGAUGGCGCAUUCGCGGAAACUAGGGUCGCCUCAAUUUUUCGCAGACGUGGAUCCGAGGGCGGGGUCGAUGCAGCGGCAUCGGCUAUUGCAGAAGCACGAGCCGAGCGGGCGGAUGAACCUGUUUAUAGGUGCGCAUUUGCAUCAUAUUGAAGAUGCGGACGGGAAUGAGAUCCCGGGGUCAUGGGACUUGGUGAAGAGGUUGAACGAGUUCGCCACUCAGAAGAAAAACACGACUACAGUGGAAUGGCAUAAUGUUGGUGAUAUGAUUAUUUGGGAUAAUCGGUGCGUGUUACACCGCGCGGGAGGCGGCGCGUUCGAGGGGAAGUAUAGGCGGGAUUUAAGGCGGACGACGGUUCAUGAUGAUAGUCCGACGGCCUGGGGGUGUAAUCAGAAGGAUACCAUUUGGACUGGGUUUAAUGCUCAGGCGAAGGCUAAGCAUGCCGGCGCGGUGGGAGUGUGA